AUGAUUGAUCUUAAUCAAGGAAGAAACGUUAAACGAGAGGUGGAGAGCGCUUUAAAAAAAUUGCGAAAGUUGCAAUUAACUUCAGACGAUGUUACGGAAUUAUUGAGAUCAAUAUGUCCUCUGCAGUCUUCGUACAAACUUGAAACGAUAUCGGUACCGAUAUAUGAUGAAAUAAUUUCUAAUAAUGGAAAUAAAGUCACACGACGUAAGAAUGGUUCAGGUUGCACAAAACAUGUGAAAAACAACAAAUCAGCUUUUAUUCCUAAGAAGAAAUUAGUAUUUAUGAUUCCUAAAAAUUAUCCUGAAUUAUCACUUCAGAGAAGUAUCAUAUUUACUGCGAAUACGGUAAUCACGAAUGCAUCUACAGAAUCUACAAGCAACAAGAAAUUCAAAAAUUUUACUUUCAAGAAACGCAGCGAGAUUUAUAUCAAAUUUCAACAACAUCAUAAGUGUUAA